AUGGACACUAGGAAGAUUGAUGACCUCGCCGCUAAGGGCGAUCUGCUGCUCAGGAACAAUCAGAAUCAGAUCUAUGUCAUGGAAGAAACCAAUCUGGAACCAGGUACUACAGAGGGUGCAGCAGUAACCGAGACAUCGGAAGAAGAUCAGCAAGAGAAUCAGAAUCAUAAUGGAAAGAUGUUCAUCCUCAGCCAAGCACAGAAUCAGUUCCAGAACAGGCAGAACAAUCCGCAAGCUACUCCAGCAACUGCGAGCGGUCCGCCAGAUGAACUGAAGGGAAUGAUGCAACAACUUUUGCAAGAUCGGCCUGUUCCUGCUCGCGUCUACACUCCAAAAGUUCCCUACCCAGUCCCUGCUAAGAAGUCACGUAAGGAUUUCGAAGAGAUGAAGUGCAAGAAGAUGCUAGAGGAGUUGAAUGUCAAGCUAUCUCUCAUGGACGCAAUUCAGAUGAUUCCCUCAAUGCGCAGUCUUGUGAAAGGGUUGAUCUCUGGGAAGCCCUCUGCAGACAGCGAUAUCAUGAUGGUCUCAAAAGAAUGCAGCGCAGUCCUUCAAAACAGAACAGUCAGGAAACUGGAAGAUCCUGGAAAAUUUGUCCUUUCGGUUCAGAUUGGAAAAAACAUUGCAAAACGUAUGGGACUAACCAACUUCAAGCCUACUAGGAUUUCGUUGGUUUUCGCGGACAGAUCAGUCAAGCUGCCAGUAGGUGUUCUCGAAGACCUGCAAGUGCAAAUUGGCAACACCACUGUUCCGGCAGACUUCGUGGUCCUGGAACUCGAAGAUGAACCGAAAGACCCUCUCAUUCUGGGCCGACCGUUCUUAUGCACAGCUGGUGCAAUCAUUGAUGUGUAA